AGCUCCGCUGAGUUCAAACUCGACAGAAGUGAAAGGCAGAGGAAAGAUAAUGGCCACAAAAUCUUGCACGGUUGCAAAAGCACCUCCGACCAAACCAAGAUCAUUUACCAGCCGUGAUAAGGAAACGUUGAUUAGAAGAAUUGGUCCAAAGACGAGCCAGUGUUUGCAUCGUCCGAGAGUGAACCGAUCGCUGCCAAUGAUCAAAAUACCAUUGGCUGAUGGCCAGGCAAUCAGUGCAGCUGGUGAAGAAGUAAAUAACAUCGAUGUGCAGUCACUUGAUCCACAAACUCUUCAGGGUAUUCAAUUACUUGUGACUCGUCUAACAGCUUUGUGUGAGAAGGCUCAGAACUCUGCCAAGCAUGCCAACAGUAUAUAAAUAUUUGUAGCCAUUUUACAUUUCUUCCGCUCCAUUAAUCUUGGAUUUGGAGCUAAAGUGCAAUUCUGUUGUUGUUGUUGUUGUUUGCUUAAGUGUGUUGGGAAACUUUUAUUUCAUAUUUUUAAUUUUUAAAACAGUGCAUCUAUUUAGUGGGAAAAUGGAGCAACUGUGCCAAA